AGUAUCUCGUUCCUUGUUCUUUUUACUUUCAAUAUCUCUCUCCAUCUUCAAGAAAAUGGAUCUUGGUAGUGACGACCAGACCAAAAUGUACUUUUAUGAGAACAGACUUCAAACAUUCGUUGGGUGGCCGUUUGAAGAGGGCUGCAUUUGCACUCCAGAAAAUAUGGCCAAAGCUGGAUUUAUUCACACCCCGUCGGAGAAUAGUCCAGAUAUAGCUCAGUGUUUCUUCUGUCUGAAAGAGCUGGAAGGAUGGGAGCCUGAGGAUGACCCUGAGAAAGAGCAUAAAACACAUUCUUCCUCCUGUGAUUUUAUCUUGCUGAAGAAGACAGUGGACAGUCUGACUGUGGAGGAGUUUCUGAAACUUCAGAAAGAGAGACAGAAGUUUAUCAUUAAAAAAUCAUGUGGCCAGGCGAUUGAUAAAUUUGAAGAGGCCGUGAAACUCAAGAGAACCAAGAUCAUCCACACGGCAAUGGGGGAGGAAUGAAGAGGUUCAGUGAGGGUUACGCUGACACCAUUUUGGUCCAUGUCUUUUCUUUCUUUUUUAUGUCAUACAAAAUGCGUAUUCUCUUUUUAAAUGUUAAAUGUGAUGAAAUCUUUGUCCUGUCUCUUGUUGAAGUUGAUCUUAUUACACACAUUCUUCCUACUUUUAUAGUAUUUAUUUUAAAUGAGCUUAAUAAAAAGACUCUCCCAUGCUCUGGAA